AGUGUCGCUAGGCAACGUGUUUUGAUAUACAAUAUGGUGGUUUGAGUUGCCUAGCACGAGAUUGUGAAAAUGGCUACAGUAGAAGCUUCUGUACCUUCAGCAGAACCUCAGGAAGAAGGAGAAAGCACUGAAGACAAAGUAGAAGUUGUGUUUGCAAUUGAGAAUUCCAGUGAAGAUGUGAAAGAUCUUUUCAGUCUCUCAGACUCAGUUCAAAAGUUAAAGGAAUACCUUUCUCAGAAAUUUGGAAACUCAUCGGACACCUUUAUCCUAUCGCUUGAUGGUGAAACACUAUCAAACAAUGCCACAGUUGAUCAGUUUGGUGUUGUGGGUGGAUCCUCCAUUGAACUCCAAGUAAAGAUACUGACUCCAUUAGCACUGCCAGUCAGUAAGGAGGAGGAAGAGGAGGAGAAAUUAAAGAAAGAGAAAGAGAGAGAGGAAGAAGAGCUAGGGUAUGAUGAAAGGAUAUUUACAGUUCAAGUUAGAUUAGCUCAAGAGAUGAAGGAGUUAUUAGUAAAGAUGGAGAAGGCAAGGAUAAAGAAGCCAUUUCUUGGAGGAUACAGAGACAAGCAGACAGGACAGGAGUACCAUCACGCCAGUGCACAAACACUACCCAGGAGGAAACCAGACACUGGGAUUGCAAUGUUUGAGCGUGACACUCAGACUGUAUUCACACGUAAUUGCUACCAACAAGUAAUGGUGGAUGCAGCAACUCAAAUGAACCAGACUGGUUGUUACAUUACUAGUGUCACUGAUAAAAUAAAGAUACCUGGACCUUAUGAAACUGCUGAUGAAUAUCAUGGAAAGAUAUUGAAAAAGAUUAUAAUACUUCAGAGUCAUUGGAGGCGCUGGCUAGCUACUAAAUAUGUUAAUGCAGUGAGAGAAGAGAAACUAAUGAGAGAAUUAUGGGAGAGAGAGGAAGCUCUUAGGAAGCAGAGGGAGAGAGAGGCAAGGAGGAAGGCCGAGUUUGAGAGGCGCAUGAAUCCAAGGACAAAGAAAGACUUUGAUCUGCUCUACCAUGCACUUGAAAAUUGGCCUCAAGAUGGAGUUGUUAGGGAACCACAUACUGUCCUACAAGUUAUUGAUGAUGUUAUACACAGACAACAAAAGAUUGGAGGAGGACCAGUAGUGGUACACUGUAGUGAUACAGUGAGUCGUUCAGGAGUGUAUUGUUCAGUGAGUAUUGGUCUAGAACAGUGUAAGGCAGAAGGUGUAGUGGAUGUGUUUCAAGUGACUAAAGCUGUGAGAAGGAGUAAACCAGGAGCUGUGACUACACUGGAGCAGUAUACUUCCAUAUAUGAUGUGAUUGACACGUACCUUCAGAUGAAUGAGACUUACGGGAACUUUCAGUUUUAA